AUGUCCUACGCAGACGCUAGCAUUAAUAUGACGGUCCAUAAUGGGACAAAGUUUUGUGGGGCAAUGAUCCUUCAUAAGGCACCUAUGUCCACUCUUAGAUUCUUAGUUGGGCAGGUAGCACCACCCUACGAAGACCCUUCUUUGAGCCUGAGCACAUUUUCACCCCAUCCCUGCAUUGUGGGACCUGCAAUAACAAUCAUCACCUCGGAAGCACCGAGCAUCUACGGUUUUACGCCUCUGCACGAGGACGCGGUGAAGGAGAGGAACGGCAGCCUCAAUGGAUUUGAACGUCGCUGGGCAGCCUAUUCGGUACAAUGCUCUUCUGUCACUGUACCAAGGAGUAAAGGAGAACCGAAAGAAGGAGAAGACGGUACCCUGUAUGUCGAACAAGCUGUCUUUUACAAGUGUGCAGUUGCAGCCAAGGAAAUGAAUUACGUGGAGUACAGGCGCGACACCUACGGAGAUGAUCGGCCGCCGUCGGAUUUCACCGGACCUCUUAGUGCACGAACGUGGGUCGGAUGUUUUACGUCGAUCCGGCGGCUUCCCUACAAGCGCCGAGGCUUGAAUCCAAUUGUGUCCUAA